GCGGUGAUAGGUGUGGUGAAAGGUGCAUUCUCUGUUUGUUUCUAACAGAUCCAGUCGAGCUGGAAAAUCAGCUCGCCACACACCCUGGAAACACCGAGCAGCUCAUCGUCCUCAGAAACCCAGCGAGAGUACCGGAAAGCUCCCCAAAAUGAGCAAAAUCUCGAAGUUUUUCAAAGGGAGCUCCAGCUCCAGUUCCUCGAGCGCGUCCAAGUCCAAACACCGAUCCAGAGGAGGACCCUCGCCCCAGGAUGCCAUCCAUAAACUGCGGGAGACGGAGGACAUGUUGACGAAGAAACAGGACUACCUGGAGAAGAGGAUCGAGCAGGAAGUUAUGAUAGCAAAGAAACAUGGCACACGAAAUAAGAGGGCCGCCCUGCAGGCCUUGAAGAGGAAGAAGCGUCUGGAGCAGCAGCUCACUCAGAUUGACGGCACCCUCUCCACCAUCGAGUUCCAGAGGGAAGCAUUGGAGAACUCGCACACUAACACGGAGGUGGUAAAGAACAUGGGUUACGCCGCCCAGGCCAUGAAGAAGGUCCACGAGAGCAUGGACCUGAACAAGAUCGAUGAUCUAAUGGAGGACAUCACGGAACAGCAGGACGUGGCCCGCGAGAUCAACGAAGCCAUCUCGAGACCAUACGGCGACACGUACGACGAGGAUGAACUUCUGGCCGAGCUGGAAGAGCUGGAACAGGAGGAGAUGGAGGACAACAUGAAGAGCAUGGGCGGCCUGCCCUCAGUGCCCAGCGCCAGGGUGCCGUCAGGACGGACGUCCCACCGUGCAACGGCCAGGAGACGUGUUGAAGACGAGGACGACAUGCGUAUGCUGGCUUCAUGGGCGACAUAAACAACAUUUGGAACAUUUGUAUUUCCGGGGGGGAAUGAAGAGCAUUAGAAUGUUUUUAAGCUUUUAGCACUGUUUGGACACUUUACUGUUUGUCUAUUUAUCAAUUAGCAUUAGCAUUCCAUCUUAUCAACUCAUCUAUUUUCUUUCCUGCUGACAUGUUUUUUAAUUGUGUUUACGUUCAGUCAACUGAAGGAUUAAUAAAAGCUACACUACAUGUAAUACAACUUGUAGUCAGACUUUGUUUAAAUAUUGUAAAUAAAUGUCCAACUAUAAUAAAAACACGCUUCCUAUAACUGA